AAACAACCUACAAAACGCGAAGACUUAUUUAUUUCGCUGACCGUUCGCUCGCCUACGGACCGACGGUCACGGUGCUGGCCCUACAUGAGCCUACAGCAAGCGCUGGGUGGCCCAAUCUGUGCCCGCCGGGGCCCCCCUCCCCCUUAGAUAAAAAAAUGAAGUUGAUAAAUAAGAUCCGGCCGGCGUCCUCGGCAGAGAAGGCGGUACAUGGCGCCCGAGCAGAAUGCCGGAGCGGUUAUAGCAGAAACAGAUCUGUUUCGCGUCUCAGGGGCCGAGGGCAGAAGGGAGGCGACUCGGAACCGAAGCAGGGCAUGGACUCGGAGGAGAAUGAGGUGGAGAGCAGCAGUGACGCGGGGCCCUCAGGCCUGGAGCAGCCCUCGGAGAGCGGCCUGGGCAUGGAGACGUCCGAAGCCAUGUCCGCCGACAGCAGCGACACGGCGGCCCCGCCCCUCCUCGCACCCGAGUCCGACUCCCACGUGGGACAGAGCUCCGAGGGGCUGGUGGAGUUGAUCCCAGAGACCAGCUCCAGCACUGAUGUUAGAGCUGUCAUCCAUCUCCCGGACUCUUCCUCCGUCGCCCAGUCGACCAGGGUCUCCAGCGUCUCCACGGUGACGCAGUCCAUCCUGGUGUCGGAGUCGGCGCAGGUCCUGGUGCAUUCCAGCGCGGUGUCCGAUGGCGCCAUGAUCGUGUCCGACUCCACGGCCUCCACCUCUACCGACCUGGGCUCCGCCAUCGACAAGAUCAUCGAGUCCACCAUCGGACCGGACAUCAUAAGCGGCUGUAUCACAGUGACCAGUGCAGAGGAGGGAGGUGCUGAGACCACCCAGUAUCUCAUUCUGCAGAGACCGGACGACGGUGCCCCCAUGGUGUCCCAGAUGUCCUCCUCUGCCCUGUCCAGCCGCAUCACCAUUGAAGCACUGGGGGAGCGACCGACUUCCACCUGUCUGGACCAGUCGGAGCUGACGGAGGGCCGGCGGACGAGCCUGCCUGACCACGAGGGGAUGGACCCAGACCAGCCUGACCAGCCCGGGCACUCGGGGUACCCUGAGCACGAGGAGCACAUGAGCCACCCCGACCAGACUCGGCACUCCCGGUACAUGGAGUGCAGCGCAGAUGACCCCAGCCACUCCCAGUACAUGGAGUGCGCGGUCGACACCCCCGACCAGCCCCAGCACUCCCGCUACGUCGACUGCAGCGCGGGUGACCCCGAGCAGUCGAGGCACUCGCGGGGGUACGCGGAGUGCGGCGGCGGGGAGGACGACUCCAACCAGUCGCGCCAUUCGCAGUACGUGGAGUGCAGCUCGGACCGCCCGGGCCGGCCGCAGCACUCCCAGUACGUGGAGUGCGCCGUGGACCGCUCUGACCAGGCCCUGCGCUCUCCGUACGACCACUGCGGCGUGGGCCACUCGGAGCAGCCUCAGCACUCGCAGCCGUACGUGGAGUGCAUCGUGGACGGCCCCGACCAGCCCCAGCACUCCGAGUACAUCGAGUGCUGCGUGGACAAUUCGGAUCAGCCGCAGCCCGCCCAGGACUACCCGGACUGCGACCAGCCCCAGCACUCCUGCUAUAUCGAGUGUAGCGCUGUCCCCGACUCGGACGGGCCCCAGCACUCCCUGUACGAGGAAGAAGAGGACUCCGUGGAUCACCCUGACCAGCCCCAGCGCUCUCAGUUCGUGGGAUGCAGUGCCGAAGCCGUCGACAGCGCCCAGCGGUCCCAGCAUGUGGGGUGCUCCGGGCAGCUUCCCGACCAGCCCCAGGGCUCCCACUACAUCGAGAGCAGUGGCGACGUCCCCGAAGGGCCCCGGCGCGCGGCGUACCCCGAGCGGGAAGCGGUCCCGCACCAGGCGCUCCACCUCAGCCGGGAGACGGAGAGGGGGCGCGCGAGGGGGCUGCCCGCCGAGGUGGGGCUCAGGGACCGGCCCCCCGACCUGGCAGAGCUGGAGGAGAUGAUGGAGGUGGUGGUGGUGCAGCAGUUCAAGUGCAAGAUGUGUCCCUACAAGAGCGUCUCCAAGGACACCCUCAUCAACCACAUGAGAGACAGGCACUUCAAGCACACCGGGGCCCCGCCGCCGAAGAAGCGUGGGCGCGGGCGUCCGCGGCGCUGUGACUCCCCUGCCCCCCGGCAGGGCGAGGUGAAGGCGGAGGAGCCCGCGGAGGAGGAGGACGACGACAUCGUCGAUGCCGGGGCCAUCGACGACCCCGCAGACGACAGCGACUACAACCCGGCCGAGGACGACUGCAGGGGCCGCCAGCCUGCCCUCCUCCGUACUGCCCCCUCCUCUUCCUCGCAGGACCGGCCGCGCCGCAAGGUGACGCGUCCCAGGAAGUUCCCCUACGCCGAAGGAGCGCACAGCGGCACGGUAACGACAGCCGAUCCCCUGACAGCCCAGGUGGCCCAUAGGAGCGCAGACCCCAAGGCGUCGGAGGAGGCCAGCUCCUCCGGGCUGGAGACCGGGCCGCCCUCCUCUGGCCUCGAGAACUGCGCGGAGCCCGGAGUCAGCCAGUCGGAUUCAGAGAACAAGGAUCCGUCCUCCAACACGGGAUCGGAGGAUGUGGACUUCUACCCCAGAAAACGGGGACGCCCCUCUAAGCGGUUUCUCCGAAAGAAAUAUAAGAAAUACAUGACCCGCAAGUACUACUACAAAUCCCACAAGCCCCUGCUGAGGCCCCACAACUGUCGCGUCUGUGGGUCCCGGUUUCUGUCGCAGGAGGACCUGCGCUUCCAUGUGGAGUCCCACGAGGGCAACGACCCCGAGAGCUUCAGGUGCCUGCAGUGUGCAUACCGGUGCAAGCGCUGGUCCUCACUGAAGGAGCACAUGUUCAACCAUGUGGGAACCAAGCCCUACAAGUGUGAGGAAUGUGACUACACCAGCGUGUACAAGAAGGAUGUGAUCCGCCACUCCGCUGUGCACAACAAGGACAAGAGAAAAAAGUCAGACUUGAUUCCCAAAAUCACCCAGUACCCUUGCCCGGUGUGCAACCGUGUGUACCCCAUGCAGAAGCGCCUGACGCAGCACAUGAAGACCCACAGCACAGAGAAGCCACACAUGUGCGACAAGUGUGGGAAGUCAUUUAAGAAACGCUACACCUUCAAAAUGCAUCUCCUCACACACAUCCAGAGCUAUGGGAACAGGUUCAAGUGCGAGUUCUGUGAGUACACGUGUGACAACAAGAAGCUUCUGCUCAACCACCAGCUGUCCCACACCAGCGACAAGCCCUUCAAGUGCGACUACUGCAAGUACUCCACCACCAAGGAGGACUUCCUGGUGUCGCACAUGGCCAUCAAACACACCGGAGAGAAGCCGUUCUCCUGCGACUUCUGCCACUUCAUGACGAAGCACAAGAAGAACCUGCGCCUCCACGUGCAGUGCCGGCACCCCGAGACCUUCGAGGAGUGGUGCAGGUUGCACCCCGAGGAGCCGCCCCGCCGCCGCCGCCCCUUCUUCACCCUGCAGCAGAUCGAGGAGCUCAAGCAGCAGCACGACCACACGCAGACAGUGCAGGAAGGCAUCCGCGGGCCCAUCGUCUCGAUGGAGCAGGUCGCCUUUCAAGCGAUGCAGCCAGUGGGGAACUCGGGGGUCUCUCAAGACUCCCUGGAAAAUGCCACUAUUAUCUAUGAGCAAGCAGGGACCACUGACCUGUCCGCCCAGAACGCGCUGGACCUGCUUCUGAACAUGAGCAACCCCCGAGAGCUGGCGGGCAACUCCCUGCAGGUGGCUGUGCUGAAAUCAGAUGAGGCAGGAGGACUGGAGGGGGAGGAGGUGGGCUCUGCCCAGCAGCCCCCCGCCCAGCCGCAGAAGGUGGUCACGUUCCAUGUGAGCGAGCAUGGAGAAACCCUAGUGCAGGAGGCCUUCGCACCCGGGCCCACAGAGGCGGGCACAGGGAUCGCCCAGAUCGCCAUCAGCGCCUACCCGGGCGCCGGGGACUUCAGUGUGGUGGAGCAGACUGCCGAGGAGAUCCACAGCACCUCUACGGUCUACAGCAGUGCAGAUGGCAGCCCGGAGAGGGCGCGCCCUGUGGUGGUGAGCAGCAGCUCUCUUUCCGGGACCCUGAAGGAGCACGGGGGCAAAUACUACCUGGCCUCGGGGCUGAGCGCGGGCACGCUGCAGCAGGUGGAGCUGAGCAGCAAGACCACCAGUUCCCCACCUCCAGGGUCCUCCCCCCAGCAGCAGCUCAGCUCCAAGAAAUUCUCCUGCAAGAUCUGCAAGGCCUCCUUCCUCGGCCGCGCUGACAUGGAGAGCCACAAGAGGGCGCACAUCGGCCCCCACGUUUUCAAGUGUCCCGACUGCACCUUCACCGCGUCCUCCUGGCCGGACGUCAGGGUCAGUCUCGCUGUUCUCUGCCAGGAUCACAUGAUGCAGCACGCUGACCUCCGGCCCCACAAGUGUUACCACUGCAGCUUCGCCUCCAAGAACAAGAAGGACCUGCGCCGGCACAUGAUGACCCACACCAACGAGAAACCCUUCGCCUGCGACGUCUGCGGACAGAGGUUUAACCGUAACGGACACCUCAAGUUCCACAUGGAGAGGCUGCACAGCCUUGAUCCCUCUCCGCGCAAGACGCGGCUCGGGGCCGCCUCCCACAAGGCCAUCAUCAUCAACGGUGAAGAGGAGGCCCUGGCCACACUCCAGACUCUGCAGGCUGGCCAGGCGGUGAUCUCCCCCGAGAGGCUGCAGCAGGCGCUGGGGCAGGAGCACAUCAUCGUGGCGCAGGAGCAGCCCCUGUCUGACCAGGGGGAGACUACGUAUAUCCAGCAGAUCACCACGGUGGACGGACAGACGGUUCAGCACCUGGUGGCUGCGGAAAACCAGGUGACUGAGGUCCAGUACAUCAUCUCACAGGAUGGGGUCCAACAUCUCAUUCCUCAGGAGUAUGUGGUGGUAUCUGAGGGCAACCACAUCCAGAUGCAAGAUGGGCAGAUAGCACACAUCCAGUACGAUCAGGAUGGAGCUUUCCUGCAGGAGCAGCAGAUUGCGGUGACCCACGAUGGGCAGAUACAGUACGUUCCCAUCAGCUCGGAGCAGCAGAUCGUGACUCAGGAGGACCUGGAAGCUGCGGCCCAUUCUGCUGUGACAGCUGUUGCAGACGCGGCGAUGGCGCAGGCCCAGACCGUCUAUGCCACGGAGGCCACGCCCGAGCAGCUGGAGCAGAUGCAGCAGCAGGGGAUCCAGUAUGAUGUCAUCACCAUCACGGAAGACUAGGAGAGACCUGGUCUGGGUGUCGGAUGAUCACACACUGCCCCCUGCUGCUGGGGGCUGGAAGCUGCACUUUCAGAACACUGCUGCUGCCUGUUCUCCUCCUGGUGGGAUCCUUUUUUUCUCAGGGGUCUCUGUAGCAGGACAUGACUGGAGAUCACAGAAACGGGCAGAAACAGAAUAAACUUCUUCCUGCUCGGAGGUUAUGGUCCAAAUUACUAACAAGAUUACCUGAAACUGUAAAAGCACUACAAAAUGAUUAUGGCAGUCUUUUCAAAUUCACUUAUUCUUGAGAUGCCUUGUCCAGUCUUAGGCUGUAGCUGAGUCUUAAACUGGUAGGAAUAAGGGGGAGCCCCUGGUGAGAGUUUCUGUGGUUUCUUUUCAAUUGAACAUAUUUAAGAGAUUUUGUAAAUAUUGAUGUCAAUAUGAGAUAUUAACAUAGUUACAGCGCAAUUUAUGCAAGAAUUCUUGAUUUUCUUUUUUGUGCAAGUAGACAGACACUUAAGAGCAGGUGCAGUGCUGCACACUGAUGAAAGAGCAGAUAUAAUAAGCUGAAAGCUGAUACCAAAGAAACCUUUACUUCCUAAAUUCAGAAGAAUAGAAAAGAAAGAAAAUUCAAUCAGAAACAGAAAAGGCAAAUAAACAGCCGGAGUCACUUCUAA